AUCUGACUUUCAUACAUCUGUCCUCUGAAACAUCACUGAAGUUCACUGUCAACACAAAGUAAAGGAACUUAUAACUGUUGAAGGACUGAGAAAGCAGAUCAGGUGUGAGGAAUUAAGAGCUGUUGUUUUUUUAAAACACAUUUUGUGUUCCCACUAGCCGAGCAGCAGCCUGUGCAGGUAAAAAGUCCCACCCACUCCCACCACAAAAAAAAAACCAAGCCUGGCUAUGUGACACCACAGCUCUUCUGAGCUCCAGUUUCUCUCCUCCUCCGUUGAAUCCCUGAAGGUUUAAAAGGCCACAACGACACCUAAGAUCCUCCACUGUGGUCAGACGCCUCACACUCACCUGUUUCUCUCUUCUCUCUCUCUGACUCGGUCAGUGCCGCUCGUCUCUUUAAUCCUCAGCUGUUCACCCUCCGUCUGCACCAUGAGUCUCAGUCGUACCAAGCGGAUCAGCUCCAGCAGCUCCGUGCGCAGCAGCAGUGCGUCCAGGAGGCUGAGUGGACUCAGUCCGGGCCAGGGGGGGUUCACCGGCAUCUCCCUGAGCAGCAGCUCCCUCUACGCGGGCGCCAACGGGCACCACCCGGGCCUGGGCCCCCCGCUGGCCACCCUGUCGGUCAACAAGAGCCUGCUGGCUCCGCUCAACCUGGAGAUCGACCCGAGCCUGUCCAUGAACCGAGCCCACGAGAAGGAGCAGAUCAAGAGCCUCAACAACCGCUUCGCCACCUUCAUAGACAAGGUGCGUUACCUGGAGCAGCAGAACAAGAUGCUGGAGACGAAGCUGGAGCUGAUGCAGGGUCAGGGCGUGGGCCGCUCCAACGUGGAGCCCAUGUUCGAGGCCUACAUGGCCGGUCUGCGGCGCCAAAUGGACCUGGUCAACAACGACAAGACCAAGCUGGACGGGGAGCUGAGGAACAUGCAGGGUCUGGUGGAGGACUACAAGCACAAAUAUGAGGACGAGAUUAACAAGAGGAACAACCUGGAGAAUGACUUUGUCAUCCUAAAGAAGGAUGUAGACUCCGCCUACCUGGUGAAGGCGGACCUGGAGGACAAGGUCGGAGCUCUGACCGAUGAAAUCAACUUCCUGCGUAACGUCUACGAUGAGGAGCUGCGUGAGCUGCAGGCCAGCAUCAAAGACACGUCCGUGGUGGUGCAGAUGGACAACAGCCGCAGUCUGAACAUGGAGCAGAUCGUCGCCGAGGUCAAAGCUCAGUACGAGGACAUCGCGGCCCGCAGCCGCGACGAGGCGGAGGCCUGGUACAAGAGCAAGUUUGACCAGAUGUCGACACAGGCCAGCCAGUACAGUGACGAGCUCCGCAACGUGAAGGCAGAGGUGGCCGAGGUGAACAGGCUGAUCAGCCGACUGCAGAGCGAGAUAGAGGCCGUCAAAUCUCAGCGUGGCAGUCUGGAGAACCAGCUGGCUGAGGCAGAGGAGCGCGGGGAGCUGGCGGUGAAGGAAGCCAAGAUCAGGACCAGAGAUCUGGAGGACGCUCUGCAGAGAGCCAAACAGGACAUGGCCCGACAGCUGCGAGAGUACCAGGACCUCAUGAACCUCAAACUGGCUCUGGACAUUGAGAUCGCCACCUACAGGAAGCUGCUGGAAGGAGAGGAGGACAGACUUGGACAACAGUCCAUCCUCAACAUUCAGACUGUCUCCAACUAUAGUACUAAAAGUACUAACGGUUACCAUAGCAACAGCAGCAGCGGCUCCCCAGCUCCAAGACUGCUGAUCAAGACGACUGAGACCAGAGACAACAGCAGAUACAGUACACACUGAGACACACGCAUGCAUGCAUGCAUACACACACACACACAUGCAUGCACAUGCAUACACAUGCACGCACACGCACACACACACAUGCAUACACAUGCACACACAUGCAUACACAUGCAUACACAUGCAUGCACGCACACACACAUGCACGCAUGCACACACACACACGCACGCACGCACGCACGCACGCACGCACACACAUGCAUACACAGGCGCCCACACAGGGCUACAGUUUUGAUUUAUUUUCUAAUAACGUUUGAGGUGGAUUUAAUGACUAACCUUUACUUAGAUUAAUGGAAAAAAUGAACAAAUCUAUAAAACACAGAAUUAACAUGGAAAUAGUCGCAAAGUUUGUUGUUUCUAAUGCCAUUUAUUCACAUUAAUGAUGUUUGUUGUAGUUUCUGGGUUGAUUUUUGCAUAAAAACGGGGCUUUUAACAAACUGAUGUGUUAUUAGUGGGGUUUAUUAUGCUAACUGUGUCGAGCUGCAAAUAUUUGAUUAUUAACUGAUUACUGAUUACUAUUAAUCACCAACUAUUUUAAUGAUUGAUGAAUCAGUUUUAGGUCAAUUAAAUCAGUUUUAAAUAGAUAAAACUAGUUUUCAGCUUCUUAAAUGUGAAUAUUUUCUACAUAUAACAAAGAAAUCAUUAAAACUGUAAUAAUGUUGGUUUGUGGACAAAAUAAGACAUUUAAUCAACAAAAUAAUCAAAAGAUGAACCUAUUAUGAAAAUAAUAAGUUGCAGACCUAAAACUUUGGUGUAAGAAUACACAAUUAUUGUAAUCUUGUAGUUUUUAUGUGGGAUGUAAUAUACUAUACGUGGUGUAUUCUGAUAUAAGUCAAUGUGUUUUGCAUUCAGCACAGAGUCGUUUUACACUGAAAAUCCUCUCUGAAAUGUUGGUUGAAGAUUAUACAAAUAUACAUGAAGUCAUUUUUCAACUACAGAUGUGAUAUCGAUGGGGUUUGUGUCACUUUUUCUGCUGUUGUUUCUCACAAACACAAUAAAAAUCAAUAAACGCUGAA